CGACAUGUUGCGUGUAAACGGAAACGAGUUGACGUUUGAGCGAACAGUCCAGUAGUCGUGUGCCGGUGGUAUUUCCUCUCUCCCCCGACAAAUCCCAGGAAAAUUCACUCUCAAAAAACCUAACCUCAACCUAAGCAUGGAUAUAGAUGAAGAUGAUUUCGUCUUCUACGGUACACCGAUAGAGCGUGAGGAAGAGCUCAACAGUCGCAAGAAAAAAGCCGUCGCUGAAGCUUCCGGCCAUCUCCGUACGCUUCCUUCUUGGAAGCAAGAGGUUAGAGAUGAAGAAGGAAGGAGAAGAUUUCAUGGAGCAUUUACUGGUGGAUUCUCAGCUGGUUAUUACAAUACAGCUGGUUCAAAAGAAGGAUGGACUCCUCAGUCGUUCACGUCUUCUCGGAAAAAUAGAGCUGAAUUUAAACAGCAGAGCAUGCUCAACUUCUUAGACGAAGAUGAGAAAGAGGAAUUGGAAGGUCGAUCUUUGGGGACGGCGUCCCAGUUUGAUACGUUUGGGUUUACAGCUGCUGAAAUUGCUCGCAAACAAGCCGAGAAGGAACAGCAGCAGAGACCUUCUGCUGUUCCUGGACCUGCUCCUGAUGAAAUAGUUCUUCCAGCCACAGAGUCUAUUGGUGUAAAAUUGCUUCUGAAGAUGGGAUGGAGACAUGGUCACUCAAUCAAGGAUUCACACGCAAAUUCACUUUACAAGGCUCGUAGAGAAGCAAGAAAAGCUUUCCUAGCAUUUUCAUCUGAUGAUGCAAAAUCACAGCCUGAAGACUCUGAGCCUGGUGAGGAAGACCACAAAAGCAUUUUAGACCACCAGCCUAUUGAUGAUGGUUUCCCCUCUUCUCAAAGCACACCUGUGUAUAUACUAAACCCAAAGGAGGACACACAUGGUUUAGGGUAUGAUCCCUACAAGCAUGCUCCUGAGUUCAGAGAAAAGAAAAGAACACGUGUAUCUGGAAAAAGAGGUUCUGGGAAUAAACAAGCUUUAUCUAUCAAAGAUAGUCUUUUUGGCUUGAAGUCAGGAAGGGCUGCGCCUGGUUUUGGCAUUGGAGCACUUGAAGAUUAUGAUGCCGAAGAUGAAGAUGUAUAUGCCACUGCUUAUGACAUUGAAGAUACAUAUAUCCAAGAAGAUGAAGAGCCCUUGAGAUCCAACACUGAAAAUAAGCCAAAAUUGGUUUGGAAAGAGCAGGGUGUUCUACCUGGCUUUAAAGUUGCAUCGAAUUCUGACUACCAGUUGGAGAGAUUUGAUCCUCCAGUAAUUCCAAAGGAUUUUUUGCCGCACCAUAAAUUUCCCGGUCCUCUUGAAUUUGACAAGAAGCCUGCCACUCUCUCCCCCCCUCCCCCGGAGGUUCCUCCUCCAGAGGAUGAUAACUCGAAAGUCUUAAUUGAGGGGGUUGCAACUUUAGUUGCUCGAUGUGGUAAAUUAUUUGAAGAUCUUUCUAGAGAGAAGAAUCAAUCAAAUCCUUUAUUUAGUUUUCUUACUGGAGGAAAUGGUCAUGACUAUUAUUCAAGAAAGUUGUGGGAGGAGCAACAGAAACGUAAUGGUCAAAAGAAGAUCGCUUUGGAUGGGAAAUUAUCUUCAAGUGUGGACAAGAUGACUGUAGAGAGCCGUGGCAAAAUUUUAGGGGAAAUGCCUUUGGAAAGAAGCUCAAGAGAUUUAAGUUCAUCCAUUGCAUCUGUAAAUGUCAAUCUCCCGUUCAAUCUUUCAGAUACAUUUACAAAGCCUGAAUCUUCUAGUGAGUUCCCAGAAGUAGCAAAACCAUUCCAAGAUGAUCCUGGAAAGCAAGAAAGAUUUGAGCAGUUUCUCAAGGAAAAAUACCAAGGAGGGAUUCGCUCGACAGCUUCUGCUGGAGCUAGCAAUAUGUCGGAAGCAGCUCGUGCACGCGAGAGAUUAGAUUUUGAGGCUGCAGCUGAGGCAAUAGAAAAAGGGAAACUCAACAAGGAAAACAAACUUAGUCAGCAGCUCAUGGCGUUUCCUGCCAGUGGAGGGAUGCAAUUCACUCUUGGUGGACUACAGCAAGGUAAAGAUACUCCGGAUGAAGAUUUAGCAACUAAGAAAAUUUACCCCAGAAGGGAAGAAUUUCAAUGGCGUCCUUCAUCUGUCCUGUGCAAGCGCUUUGAUCUAAUUGACCCUUCUAUGGGGAAGCCGCCGCCACCUCCACGGAUGAGAAGCAAGAUGGAUUCUCUAAUAGUUACAUCAGAUUUAAAAGCAAUGAAAAUGGAGGAAGCUUUUAGUGCAGAUAGAAAUCAACCUUUGGCUCUUCAAUUUUCACCUCAAGAAGUAAGCAAAGAUGUAGUUGAUAGGGAAACUGAACCCGAGGUUCAAGUUGAAAAUGUGGAGAGGCCAGUUGACCUCUAUAAGGCUAUUUUCUCUGAUGAUUCUGAUGAUGAGAUGGAAGCCUCAAAUUUCAACGCAAAGGAGGAUCCAGAAAAGAAGAUUGAGGUGGCUCACUCAACAUUAAAUCGCUUGAUGGCUGGUGACUUUCUAGAAUCACUGGGGAGAGAACUGGGAUUAGAGGUCCCUCCUAAUCCACCUUACUCAACAAAUAUUGCCAGGUCUUCUCAUCAAAAAGAAUCUGCAAUUGCCAAUGCUGGUAAUGAUAAUAUCCCGUCAGUUGAAGAAAAAUCAUUUUCCAUUCCUAUUGCCCACGGUGUUUCCCAAGAAGAAAGGGUGGCUAAUGAUGAAAAGACCGCUAAAAAGGGUGAGUCCCGAAAGGAUGAACAGCCUAGGCCAUCUGAAGACAAAUCUGACAAAGUUUAUUCAGGAAAGAUAGCCCAAGAAGAUAAGAAGAAAGCUAAAUUGCCUCGUAGUGUCCAUAGAAAAAGGAGCAGUACAUCAUCAGAAGAUGAAAGGAGUAGGAAACGGUCUAGGCGACAUCGGGACAGUACUAGUGACUCGUAUAGUGAUUCAUCUAACGAUCAUCGAGACCGAUACCGUUCUAAGUCAAAAGGAAGAAAGAAAAGGUCCUCUCGAGAAAAGAAAAGCAGCAAAAAAUAUUCUAAACAACAUAAGCAUGGAAGCAGGGACUCCCAGUAGAUCUUGCUAUGGUACUGAAAAAGAAAAUUCGGAAGCCAAGAGAGAGGAGAAAUUUGAGGGAUUGAACAGUAAACUUCUUUUUCAGUACAAUCAAAUUAGAACAACCUGCUGGAAAAAUCUGUGGUUUGAUACUUUUGUAAAAGAAUCACCUCCUAAUAGGAAGUUCUUAUUUCGUAGCCUUUUUGGGGUAUCCCUCCCGUAGUACAUUGGAUGGGCUACCUCAGAUGUGCCUCCAUGCUUGUUCUGAGGCUUCAUAUAAAAAACCAGAUCUUUUUGCUGGGAGGUAUGAUAUGGGAGUUAAUUUAUUGCAAAUUGCAAUAUUGAAGCUAAAA